AACGGAGCAAAACAUACCUCGAAAUCCCAGCACCACACAGGCACACAGCGACGAACUCCUCGAGGGCUCGAGAUAGGAAGAUAAUGGUGGGCCGGAAGCCGAUGCGCCGCCGCCGAGCCGACCACCCGCCACCGCCGCCGUCGCAGUCCUUUGGAGCCACGGCCCGGCCAAACUCCCCCCGCUCCCCCACCUCCGCCUCCGCCGCCUCUGUCUCCGCCGACCUGGACGGGCUGCUCCUCACGGCCCCUCCGCCGUCGGCGUCGGAGCCUCGGAGUUUCUCGUACGCGGUGAAGCAGCAGUGCUGGGAGAAGGCGGAGAAGGUUCCUGGGCGCGACCCGGAGAGGUGGCGCCGCGACGCGCUCGGCAACAUGGUCUUCCGCAAACUCGUCGGCUGCCCCGGCUGCCUCUGCCAUGACUACGACCACAUUGUCCCCUACUCCAAGGGCGGGAAGAGCACGUUGGAGAACUGCCAGGUUUUGCAGGCUACCGUGAAUCGAUCUAAAGGGAACAAAACUGAGAUAUCCAAAUCUGAGCUGGCACAGAGGAGUGCAUAUUGUCGUGUUUCAGGACGUGAUAUGGAUCUCUUUGAACUCUCUGCCUUCGGAAAUGUUCGACGAGGCCCAGACUCAGGGGGCUGCAAAAUCCAAUGAAGAUAGGGAAAAAAGAAGAAGAUAGGGUUGCGUGAUAUUAACCAGUUUCAGGCAGUUGCCUCGAAUCUGAGAAAAGAAAGCUUGGUUGAUGUCUGUGUCAAGUAUUUUCAGUUAUUUGUCUUUAAUUUGACGCUCCGAAUGAAUUAUCGAAGAAAAAAAAUCUGCUACUUUGCAGCCCGAUAUCAGUUGUGUUCAGUGCCUUUUCUUGUUACUCCAGUUCUACAGCAUGGAGACUUUACUAUCAUAUGAGUUAUGUGGAAAUAUAAUGCGAGUAAAACUAUUCA